AUGCUUCUCACACUCAUUGGAUGUGCAAUCAUUUACCUAGCCGCGGUGGAUGCGAAGAACCGGGAUACCUCACCCUCAUAUGAUUUUGUUAUUGUUGGCGGGGGUACCAGCGGAUUGGCGGUUGCUAACAGACUCUCGGAGAUGAGAGGUUUCACCGUCGCAGUGAUCGAAGCUGGAGAUUCAGUCCUCAAUAAUAUUAACGUUUCUGCUGUGGCGGGCUACGGUCGAGCAUUUGGGACGGAUAUUGACUGGGCCUACCUAACCGAAGACCAAACAUACGCGGGAGGAUCGAAGCAGAUUAUCCGUGCUGGAAAGGCUAUUGGUGGUACAAGUACUAUAAACGGGAUGUCGUACACUCGAGCGCAAAAAGUUCAAAUUGAUACCUGGGAACGAGUCGGAAACAAGGGCUGGAAUUGGAACAACCUUUUCACAUACUAUAAGAAAUCACAGCAGUUCCAGGUGCCCACACCCGAACAAACUUCUCGUGGGGCGGAUUAUUACAUCGCCUAUCAUGGGGAACAUGGCCCGCUCAAAGUCGGCUGGCCUCGUGCAAUCACAAACGGCAGUGUGUUACCUGCGGUUGAUGAGACGUUCCAGCAACUGGGCCUUCCUUAUAAUAGGGAUUGCAAUGGUGGUAGCAUGGUGGGACUUACGGUCCACCCAAACACCGUCGACAGCGAGGCUGAUGUUCGCCAUGAUGCAGCCAGAGCUUACUAUUGGCCCUACGAAACCCGAUCUAAUCUCAAGAUUAUCUCCAACAGUCAUGCCAAUAAGAUCAUCUGGGCAAACGAUUCCAGCAGCGAGGCUGUUGCUAUUGGAGUUGAAGUUACUGGGAUCAAUGGAGUUGAGACGAUAUACGCUUCAAAGGAAGUAAUUAUAUCGGCUGGGUCCCUCGGAUCGCCUAUUCUUCUGGAACUGUCUGGUAUUGGAAAUCCUGAUAUUCUCCGUCGGUUUGACAUUCCUGUACAAGUCAACAUUUCCACUGUUGGUGAGAACUUACAGGAUCAGACCAACAGUCGGUUCUCCUAUGAAGGGAACGAGUUCUGGCUUGGCUCGCCGACCCUUUCUGCCCUACCAUCCGCCGGUCACAUAUUCGGUGAUAAUGUUCUCGCUGUUGCGUCUCUUGUCAACUCAAGUCUCGCAGAAUAUGCAAAACAAGUGUCAACAAACUCCAACGGUGCAGUCCAAGAAGCCAAUCUUCUAGCUGCUUUUCAACUCCAGCACGAUCUAAUAUUCAAAUCACAAGUUCCAUAUGCGGAGAUUGUGUUGCUUCCCAUCGGACACUCGUUUUCCAGUGAAUAUUGGCCUCUUCUCCCUUUCUCGAGAGGAAGUAUCCACAUAAACUCCACAGACGGUUCCCAACCUCCUUCUAUCAAUCCCAACUACUUCAUGUUUGGGCAGGAUCUGAAAGCCCAUGCUGAUGUGGGUCGAUAUAUCCGCAAGGCAUUCAGUACUGCCCCCCUGAGCAACCUCGUUGGAGAAGAAGUGGUGCCAGGAGAGCAGCAUGUUCCAGAAAAUGCGUCUGACUCUACAUGGAAGAGAUGGGUUAAGUCAACAUAUAGAUCAAACUUCCACCCAGUUGGCACUGCCAGCAUGCUGCCUCGGGACAAAGGUGGUGUUGUCGACCCCGAGCUCAGGGUUUACGGUACUCGAAAUGUCCGAGUGGUUGACGCUUCUGUCCUGCCCUUCCAACUUUGUGGCCACUUGACAAGUACUCUUUAUGCCGUGGCCGAGAGAGCGUCGGACUUGAUUAAGAAGGGAUACAUUUUUUAG